GGUACAAAAUGGUGCGGAACUGGAAAUACAGCAGCAAAUUUCGAUGACUUAGGAGAACAAGUUGAAACUGAUAAAUGUUGUAGGGCUCAUGAUAAUUGUGCAGCUCCAUCCAUAGCUCCCUUGUCCUCACAGUAUGGUUUGACUAAUUUUGCAUUUUGGUACAAAGGUCACUGUUCUUGUGAUGGUGAGUUUUACAGUUGUUUGAAGAAAGUUGAAGGCGAAGAGACUGCCGAUAGUGUUGGGUCUGUGUUUUUCAAUGUUCUCAAAGUAGAUUGUAUUCAAGAGACGGGAAAGACAGUUCGAACAUGCGCUAAACGAAGGUAUGAUAAUAAUUGUGUUUUCUUUUAG